UUCAUACAUUUGAGGCUGGACCUCCUCGUUUAUCUCAGCUUUUGCUGAAGUUUUCUGUCUGCCAGCACUGUGGUUCGCCCAGCUCCCCGACUUCGUCACUUUUUGGGCGUGACUGUCCCAGUGCUGCUCCCCGUGGGGUUGCAGAUAUGGAAUCUUCGAGGCAGCAGCAAGGCCGGGCCUUCUCCCCGGCUUUCCGCCAUGUGGCCGCCAAUUCCUUUUUGGCGUCACGUCUCGCCCCGUCUCAGUGCGGGGGUUACGCCAGGGAUCGCUCCUUGGCCAGCGGCGCCGGCGUGCCCGCCACCUCCCGUUAUUCUAACCCGGCCUUCAGCAUGAGCCUCGCUGGUGCUGGAUCUACUCCCGUUUUCGUCCCUGCUGCCGCUGAGAAGGGCAAGAAGGGAGUGAGCGGCUUCAUGAUCGACUUUCUCAUGGGUGGCGUGUCGGCAGCUGUGUCCAAGACCGCUGCUGCUCCCAUUGAGCGUAUCAAGCUCCUGAUCCAGAAUCAAGACGAGAUGAUCAAGGCUGGCCGUCUCGCGGAGCCAUACAAGGGUAUUGGCGACUGCUUUAGCCGGACGAUGAAGGACGAGGGCGUCGUCGCGUUGUGGCGUGGUAACACCGCCAAUGUGCUCCGAUAUUUCCCCACUCAGGCCCUGAACUUUGCCUUCAAGGAUUACUUCAAGAGCCUGUUCGGUUACAAGAAGGAUAAGGACGGCUACUGGAAGUGGUUCGCUGGUAACCUGGCCUCCGGUGGUGCCGCUGGUGCAGCGUCCCUCACCUUCGUGUAUUCCCUAGACUACGCCCGAACACGGCUGGCGAACGACUCCAAGUCCGCGAAGAAGGGUGGCGGCGACAGGCAGUUCAAUGGCCUGGUCGACGUGUAUCGCAAGACCAUCAAGUCUGACGGUAUUGCCGGUCUGUACCGCGGGUUCUCCAUCUCGUGCGUUGGCAUCAUCGUGUACCGUGGUCUUUACUUCGGCAUGUACGACUCGUUGAAGCCCGUGCUUCUUGUCGGCCCGCUCGAGGGCAACUUCCUUGCCUCCUUCCUCCUUGGUUGGGGUAUUACCAUCGGUGCUGGCCUUGCGUCGUACCCCAUUGACACUGUGCGACGUCGCAUGAUGAUGACGUCUGGCGAGGCUGUCAAGUACAAGAGUUCGAUGGACGCCUUCAUGCAGAUCGUGCAGAAGGAAGGCACCAAGUCCCUCUUCAAGGGUGCUGGCGCUAACAUUCUGCGUGCUGUGGCUGGUGCUGGUGUGCUGUCUGGCUAUGAUCAGCUCCAGCUCAUUCUCUUCGGCAAGGCUUACAGCGGUGGCGGCGGCUAAGAACUUGUGGUUUUGUGGUUUCUUCGUGAUGUUCCAGCCUUGUAUUGGUACUAGUAUCAGAAAUUCAAGUGAUGGGUGAUAGAGAGACAGUACACACAAUAUAGCUAAGUGUUGUACCCUCUAAGAGGCUACCCUAUACAGUCUAAACAAACAUAACAAAUAGAC